UCAAAAACUCCAAAAAAUCAACAAGUCAUUGAUGCGAACCUCCAAAAACCUCAAAAACCCUAAUCAGUGAGGUUUCAGAUUUUGAUUUUUUCUCACUUCAAUUCGAAUCUCAUUUCAUAAAUCUCUCCAUUUUCAGUUGCUGAAUUUCUUCAAUUUGACAGAUUUUUAGUUUAAGCUCACCACACACACACAAAUUGGGAGUAAUAAUGUCUGGUUCUGGAAGCUUCGCGGUGUCGCGGAGCCAUGGCGCUGACCGAUUUUAUAACCCUCCGGCUAUGCGCCGGCAGCAGCAGUUACAGAAACAGCAGCAACAGCAGCAGAGGCCGCCGGUGCAAAGAGCAGCUAAAGCUGAGGCGGCUGUAGUUGCAGCUGAGGUGGGGAACCGGACGGACUCGGACGAUUCGACUAAUACUACUACAUUGUCGAAAACGCCCUCUGUAUGCUCGGCUUCACCACCAAGGCCUCCUAUAAAUGUUACCAAUUUGGAUCGUUUGAUGGAAUCUGUUACUCCCUUUGUGCCCGCCCAGCAUUUCUCUGUGGUGAAUGUAAGAGGCCGUAGAGCCAGGGAAGCAGAGCCAAAUCUAUAUUAUUGCCUUGGCGAUCUUUGGGAAGCUUUUAACGAGUGGAGUGUCUAUGGUGUGGGUGUACCAAUAUUGUUGAAUGGGAAAGAUUCAAUCAUACAAUAUUAUGUACCUUUCUUAUCCGGCAUCCAAUUGUACGUAGAUCCAUCAAAGCCAUCUUCACGUGUUAGCAGGCCUGGUGAAGAGGGUGAUGCUGAGUCAUCAAGGGAGACCAGCAGUGGUGGAAGCAGUGACUGUGAAGUGGAGAGGCGGUCCAUAUCCUCUUCUGAUGGGCUGCGGAACCAGCAUAGUCUUGUAAAUCUAAAUGCUCAACGACUAAAUAGACUGUCAUUGAGCGACAAGGCUGUCACGGUGUCAUCGAGUGAUGAAACUGAAAUUUCUAAGUCUCCUGGGCAACUCAUGUUUGAGUAUUUGGAGCAUGAGCAACCACAUCAUCGAAGACCAUUGGCUGACAAGAUAGCAGUUUUGGCAUCUCAAUUUCCAGAGCUGAAGACCUGCAGGAGCGCUGAUUUACUGCCUUCUAGUUGGAUUUCUGUAGCUUGGUAUCCAAUUUAUAGAAUACCCAUGGGUCCAACAUUGCGGGAUCUGGAUGCUUCUUUUCUAACCUUUCAUACUUUGUCCACACAAUCAAGAGCUUUGAGCACAGUUCAACCACGCUAUCAUGGUGCAACUGGUAGGAAAGUUCUUGGAAAUGUAAAUGCAUGCUCAAGAAUUUCUUUACCAGUCUUUGGUCUUGCUACAUACAAACUGAAAACCUCAAUCUUGAGUCCUGGUGGACCUCAUGAAUCCGAGCAAGAAAAUUCUCUAUUGCAAAAUGCAGACAGUUGGCUUCGGCGCUUGCACGUAAUCCUUCCUGAUUACCAGUUUUUCCGUAUGCACUAUUCUCCUUGGAAAUGACACAGCUGUUGAUGCUCCUAAUUUUCUGCUGAUCAGUGGGGAGAAGUUUAGAUUGUCAGUUCGGUUGAACAGUUUUGAGAUCUAAUACCCCAGAUUCUGACACCAAUUAAAGCUUGGUCAAAGAUCCAUAUCUCCGUUAAGCCUUCCAUUCUAGUAGUGUGGAAGGUUUUUGUUUUGAACUGAAGGAGAAAAGCUCGGACAGGCCUGAGAACUCUCAAAGAGUGAGUCUAUUUGACUCUCACAGUGGAAAAGUUGCUUCGUUGUACUUUAUGAUUGUUUACUGAAAUGUGGCAGGAAUCCUCAUCCCUUGUUACCCUGCCUGUUUUGCUUUGCUAGGGUGGCUGAAACAUUAUUAUGUUCUGUUAUGGAUAGGGAUGAUGUCUUUGUUCAGUCAGGAGCAGAAGUUCUUGACAAGUGAUAGUGAUGAAAAAUUUGGAACCUGUAUUUUGGAUUGCACAUACAGAUUGAUAGAAAUACUUCUUAUAGUUUGUCAAAUGCAUACAACCAAUAUGCUGCAUUCUUUCCUUAGAAUGUUGUGCUGUAACUCUGUUUUAGAAGAUCUUGACUUUGGUCUAUGGUACCAAGUAUUUCCGAA